AGACUACUGUCACUGGUAUGCAAAGGAACGCAAAUUACGUAGCUAUUCGAAACGCAGGUUGCGUUAGAAACGUAGGCUAUUAUUUCGUGUAACCAAUUGAAAUACAUUAAAGGGUCACAUGACUCCCCACAAACUCGCUUGUGUUCCGUCACUGCUUUGAAAUGGUUAUACUAAAAGGAAUUCCAUCGAUACUUACGCCUGAGUUAUUGUAUGUUUUGGCGCAAAUGGGUCAUGGAGAUGAACUAGUUCUUGCAGACGCAAAUUUUCCAGCCACUUCUGUUUGCAAAUGUGGUCCAGUGGAGAUAAGAGCGGAUGGUGUAGGUAUACCAGAACUUCUGAAGGCAAUACUGAAGCUUUUUCCUCUUGAUACCUAUGAGGAUUCGGCAGCUGUCAUGGACCUUGUGCAGAGUGACAAAUUAAAGGGGCUGAAAGUGCCGGUAUGGGACCGGUACUCUGCCCUCCUGAAACAAGCAGGAUCAGAUGGUAACUUCAACUUUGUUGAGCGGUUUGCAUUUUAUGAGCGUGCCAAGAAGGCAUUUGCUGUAGUGGCAACUGGGGAGACUGCACUGUACGGAAAUCUUAUCAUCAAGAAAGGUGUCAUUCCGCCUGAUGAACAAUGCUGAAAGAGGAGCUGUUUGGUACAGUUUUUCAUUACCAAAGCGAUUAGACCAAAAAUCCUAUAGAUAAUGCACAUGCAAAAUAUCUUUAUAUAAUUGAUAGAAAACUAUUGUAUAUGUUAUUACUUAUAUAAAAAUGUAUGUAUGUUGUUAAUUUAGUGCCUUCAUUUUAGAUUUAGAAAAGGUUACUCAGUUACAUUUUUUCUGUUCAUAUUGUCUGUAAUAAUGUGAUGUAUAAUAAGUAAUAUGACAAUUUCUCUAAUAAAAAGAGAAAAAUCAUACAAUUCAUACGGCAAAACAAUUAGAAAAUUCUUAACUGUAUCCGCCUUUCUUUGAUUGAUUAAAAAAAAUUAAGUUUUGUGAACUGAAAAUUAGCUCUGUUCAGCAAGAUUUAAUUUUUUUAAAAUUUACCUAUUUUAAGUUUUAGCUCUUUUGUGCGACAGGUGUAGCUCAAUCCUCACCUGGCAGCAUUUCAUUAUGUUGCCUAUUGUUCUGUGAAUCAAUACUUUUGCUUUUCCUAUAAUACUUUGCCUUAAUAAGUACUUUCUAUUUUUUUUUUUUUUUUAAUUUUAUUAUGAUUGUAUAAAAAUGUAUUUCAUUUACUUAUUUAUUUAAAAAUGAUUCAAUAAAAAACAGUAAGUGAACCAUA